GGCGCAGGAAAUCGAGAGGGAGGGGAAAAAAAGAAGAAAGAGAAAAAAAAGUCGCAUUGAUAUCAUGGAUUGCUGUGGCAUCAUAUGCCAAUUUGCUGCCGCCCUCCAAGAUGCCAUGUUACCCCCACCCCACCGUCCCUCCGCUGCCUACCCUGCCGGCCUCAUCGAUCCAACCUCUCGCCAGACAAAUCACUUUGACUACCUUGCCUGUGAUGGGCUGUCAUUCCACACACUCUCGCACAGACGACAGACAUACUGCGAGAUUAGCCGCCACACACGAGCCUGGGAAUGUCAUCUUGCCGGCGCUGGAGUCUGGACGAUGUGGGAUGGAGAUGCAAAUGCACUUUGACUUUGAUCAAGUGAACCGCAAGCUGGAUCGGCUUUCGUCUCCCUGGCACCCAGCCUGGCCUGUUCAAAGCUCCCUUCGCCCAUGGCCGUCCCAUCGCAGCCCCCCCCC